AAAUAUGUAAAAAAUAAUUUCUGUCUCGCUCAGUUACUACUAUACAGCCGUUAUACAGUCGUGUAGGCGGAAAUUAGUAAGAACCCGUCGAACCACUAGUACAUUCACUAGUCAUUUGUGUGUAGUCUCACCAGCAGCUACUAAACCGCAUCGCGCUAACGCGAGACACCACAGUUGAGAGUACUUAAAUAUUUAUAAUUUUUAACUUGUGCAUUACACUAGCUGUACUCUCAAUAAAAUAAUAUAUUCACUAACUAUUUCAAAUAAAAUAAUAAUUCUUUUUUUUUAUUAUUUCUUCCUGAAGAAAUUUUUAUAAAACAAUUAAUGUUAUUAAAUAAUUGUUUUAAUUAUAUUUUUUAACCGGAUUUGUAAGUGGAUUAAGAAAAAAUACUAGUGAUUUCAUUUCUUAAAAUUAUUGGGACCGCUCAUAUGGAAUAAAUGGAAAUUCUCAUGGAUUUAUCAUCAUGACGCUAUCUCUUAAGGCAUCGUGAUGCCAAAAGAAAUAAACUGGAAGCUAGUGGUGGUCUGCCUGUUAAGUCUCCUGAAUAAAUCGGAGUCACUAGAUAAAGUUCCAGCAGGAUGUAGAUCUGGCUACGAAUUUUGGUCUAUAAAAAAAGGAACGUGUAUUGAAUGUACAAAAUGUGCACCCGAAUUCACAAUAAGCCCUUGUGCCAUUUAUAAAGAUGCCAUUUGUGGUCCACUUUCCGCUCUUGAAUUAGACUGGUCAUUUCUUAAUCAUAAUACCAACAAAAAUAUCAAUAAUAUUGAUAUUAUUAAUAAUAUUAAUAAUAAUAAUAAUAAUGAUACUGUUAGUAAUAGUGACGAUAUGAAAGCAUCUGAAUUGCUCUGGCAAUUUUCACAACCGGAAAAUAACCCAGAAGCUUUAACACAAAUGGAUAAUAGUCAAAUUGAGAGUCACAGUAGGAGUAAUUAUAACAAUCAAGUUAUUGAUAAACAGUUAUUGGUGUCAGAAGUAAAUGAUACUAUUAAAUUAACUAAAAAUAAUUAUGAAAGUAUUAAUGUGGCAUGGGAUUGGCAGACAAGUGCUCUAGUAUUAGCUGUUUGUGCUUGUAUUAUUUUCUUUAUUGUUGCUGGAUGUUCGGCAAUUAUUUACGUUAGACAAUGGAGACGAAUGAAACGUAACUUUGAACCAGCUGGAUUAGAAGAAAUAUCAGCAAGGUUAAAUUUAAUGGUUAAGGCUGAAUUAGCGGAAUUAAAUUCCGGUGCACCUAUGAGUCCUGGUGAUCCUGAAAUACGCUGUUAUUACCUUGAAAAAUUAUUGGAUCGGAAACGAGACACUCGAGUGGUAAUACCAACCGGAUGGCCGGAAAUAGGGGGAAACCUUUACAUAGAAGAGACUGCCGGAGAAUCAUCAUCAUUAUCGCCAGCAUCGCCGAUAAAUAAAUCCAAACAAUUGAAACAAAUUCAGCGCAACAUUCAAAAUAUUAUUGCUCAGAAAUCACAAUUUAAUUGUUAAUAAUUAAUAUAAUUAAAAUAUAUUAUCGCGUUAUUAAAAGCAUU